AUGACACCCGAAGAAUCAAAAAUGAAGUCGAUUAACCUAUUAAUUGGUCGACCAACCCCGAAUUUACAAGCAGCAGACAAGCUGGCAGCAGCAUCUCAAAUAAUCCUGUCGCAGCCCCAGAAAUCAGACUUGGCGUUGACAUACGGCCCUGAUCAUGGCGAGGAUAGUAUUCGUGAACAUAUUGGGGAUUGGCUCAGUCAGAAAUACUGUCCCAUAUCUGGCCAUAUCACCCAAGAUCGUAUCAUCAUUACCAACGGCGCCUCUGGAGCACUUGCGGGAAUUCUGCAGAAGUUUACGGACCCGUCAUAUACGCGUCGCAUAUUUCUUGUAGAACCUACUUACUUCCUUGCCGUCCAGACGUUUCUAGAUGCAGGCUUUGGUCAGAAAAUGCGAGGUGUCCCCGAAGAUGAUGAAGGUAUUGACCUAGAGUAUUUACGACAUCGGUUGGAAGAGGACAGCAAGACUGAUGAUGUCUUGAAUACUGGCGUACCUCGCACCAAAAUUUCCUCUCAGGGGUAUGGGAAACUUUUCAAAUAUAUCUUAUACGUGGUUCCAACACUAUCAAAUCCCAGCGGGAAAACAAUGUCAAUGCAUCAUCGUACGGCACUGGUCGAAUUAGCACGCCAGUAUGAUAUUCUCCUGAUUGCAGAUGAUGUCUAUGACUUUCUUGCCUGGCCAGCGGAUGACAGUAUUUCACAUGGAGGCCUAGAAUUUCCCCCGAGGUUAGUGGAUGUCGAUCGGCAGAUGGCUGGAUCGAGCGAAUGGGGGAAUACUGUAAGUAACGGAUCUUUCUCGAAGCUGGCUGCUCCCGGACUUCGGGUAGGUUGGUGUGAGGCGAUGCCGAACUUUAUACAGGGGCUAUCUACAGUCGGGGCUACUAUGUCCGGCGGUUGUCAAGCGCAGUACACUUCCUUCUUAAUCGACGACAUGUUAGUUUCUGGGGUUUUAGAACAUCAUAUACAGAAUACUUUGAUCCCGACAUAUCGAAGAAGAUAUAACGCCCUUGUGGAAGCUAUUAGAACUUACCUAUGUCCACUCGGAAUAAGGAUAUCAACGGGGAAGCCAUACGAAACAUUUGCUAUAGACGGCGAGGGUAAGCGUGUGCCAACUAUACUGUUGGGAGGAUUCUUUCUUUACAUAGAUUUUCCAAACGGGAAUCAAUUCCCAUCAGCGACCGAAAUCAUCCGCAUUGGUCGUGAGGAGUUCGGCCUAACUAUUGCAUCAGGAGAGAUUUUCGCCGUCAAAGGAGAUCCCGAAAGUCUCAAGAGGGCCCAGUCAACUUUCAACCUAGGCACUAGGCUAUGCUGGGCAUGGAAUGAAGAAACGGUAUUGAUUGAAGCAAUUCAGAGAUUUGCGAAAGCUAUCCAGCGAGCACAAGUAUCGCGAUUAUAG